AUGAUACUUGGGGAUAAGGGAUUUAUCAAAAAGGUCAGAUUCCUGGAAGUAACCUCAGAACGCCCGGAACCUACUGCUCCACCUAAAUCACAACAGGAAAGCCGGCAAGCAUCCAGACCAGUCAAUCAUUCAAUCAAUUCAGCAAAACUAAUGAGUCCUCAUGCACGCCACAGAAGCACAAUCGAAUGUGAUCAGCGUUCAAAGUUCAAAGCUCAGUGUCAAUCAUUGACUAGCGUUCGCUCACUAAACCAUACAACAAAACCAAACCGCCGCACUCGACUUACAUCUGCACAGUUUAGCAGCGAGCUGACUGAACUUCUUAGAUAG